CCGGUAUGGGUCCCGGCAAGGAUUUCCUGUUUCCCGGAUUCGUUGCGAGUUCCGUAUCCGCCAUAAUGUCAGACACGGACAGCGAUGAAGAUUCCUCCGGGGGUGGCCCGUUUUCAUUGACCGGUUUCCUUUUCGGCAACAUCAAUGGAGCCGGGCAGCUGGAGGGGGAAAGCGUCUUGGAUGAUGAGUGUAAGAAGCACUUGGCAGGCUUGGGGGCUUUGGGUCUCGGCAGCCUGAUCACAGAACUCACUGCAAAUGAAGAAUUGACUGACAGUGAUGGUGCUCUGGUAAAUGAUGAAGGAUGGAUUAGGAGUACAGAAGAUGCUGUGGAUUAUUCAGAUAUCAGUGAGGUAGCAGAAGAUGAAAGUCGAAGAUACCAGCAGACAGUGGGGAACUUGCAGCCCCUUUGCCACUCAGAUUAUGAUGAUGAUGACUAUGAUGCUGAUUGUGAAGACAUUGAUUGCAAGUUGAUGCCUCCUCCACCCCCACCCCCAGGACCAUUAAAGAAGGAUAUGGACCAGGAUGCUAUUACUGGUGUGUCUGAAGAUGGAGAAGGCAUCAUCUUGCCCUCCAUCAUUGCCCCUUCCUCUUUGGCCUCAGACAAAGUGGACUUCAGUAGUUCCUCUGACUCAGAAUCUGAGAUGGGACCUCAGGAAGCAACACAGGCAGAAACUGAGGAUGGAAAGCUGACCCUACCACUGGCUGGGAUUAUGCAGCAUGAUGCCACCAAGCUGUUGCCGAGUGUCACAGAACUUUUCCCAGAAUUUCGGCCUGGGAAGGUGUUACGCUUCCUACGUCUUUUUGGACCAGGGAAGAAUGUUCCAUCUGUUUGGCGCAGUGCUCGAAGAAAAAGGAAAAAGAAACACCGUGAGCUGAUACAGGAAGAGCAGCUCCAGGAGGUGGAGUGUUCAGUAGAAUCAGAAGUCAACCACAAGUCUUUGUGGAACUACGACUAUGCUCCACCACCACCUCCAGAGCAGUGUCUCUCUGACGAUGAAAUUACAAUGAUGGCUCCUGUGGAGUCCAAGUUUUCCCAGUCAACUGGAGAUAUAGAUAAAGUGACAGAUACCAAACCAAGAGUGGCUGAGUGGCGGUAUGGGCCUGCCCGACUGUGGUAUGAUAUGCUGGGUGUCCCUGAAGAUGGCAGUGGGUUUGACUAUGGCUUCAAACUGAAAAAGGUGGAACCUGAACCUGUGAUAAAUUGUAGAACGAUGGAGGACUUGAAGAAACCUGGGGAAAAUGGUGGCAUCGAUCUUCUGGCUGAUGAAAACUUCCUGAUGGUGACACAGUUGCACUGGGAGGACGAUAUCAUCUGGGAUGGGGAGGACGUCAAACACAAAGGGACAAAACCUCAGCGUGCAAGCCUGGCAGGCUGGCUUCCUUCCAGCAUGACUAGGAAUGCCAUGGCUUAUAAUGUUCAGCAAGGUUUUACGGCCACGCUGGAUGAUGACAAGCCUUGGUACUCCAUUUUUCCCAUUGACAACGAGGAUCUGGUGUAUGGACGCUGGGAGGACAAUAUCAUCUGGGAUGCUCAGGCCAUGCCCCGGCUCUUGGAGCCUCCUGUCUUGACACUUGAUCCCAAUGAUGAGAACCUCAUUUUGGAAAUUCCUGAUGAAAAGGAAGAGGCCACCUCUAACUCCCCCUCUAAGGAGAGUAAAAAGGAAUCAUCUCUGAAGAAGAGUCGAAUUCUCUUAGGGAAAACGGGGGUGAUCAAGGAGGAACCACAGCAGAACAUGUCUCAGCCAGAAGUAAAAGAUCCAUGGAAUCUCUCCAACGAUGAAUAUUACUACCCCAAGCAACAGGGUCUUCGAGGCACCUUUGGAGGAAAUAUUAUCCAGCACUCCAUUCCUGCUGUGGAAUUGCGGCAGCCCUUCUUCCCCACCCACAUGGGGCCCAUCAAACUCCGGCAGUUCCACCGCCCGCCUCUGAAGAAGUACUCCUUUGGCGCAUUGUCUCAGCCAGGUCCUCACUCAGUCCAGCCUUUGCUAAAGCACAUAAAAAAGAAGGCUAAGAUGAGAGAACAAGAGAGGCAAGCUUCAGGUGGCGGAGAGAUGUUUUUCAUGCGCACACCUCAGGACCUCACGGGCAAAGAUGGAGAUCUUAUUCUAGCAGAAUACAGUGAGGAAAAUGGGCCAUUAAUGAUGCAGGUUGGCAUGGCAACCAAGAUAAAAAACUAUUAUAAGCGGAAACCUGGAAAAGAUCCCGGAGCCCCAGAUUGUAAAUAUGGAGAAACUGUUUACUGCCAUACAUCUCCUUUCCUGGGCUCUCUCCAUCCUGGCCAGUUGCUGCAGGCAUUUGAGAACAAUCUUUUUCGUGCCCCAAUUUAUCUUCAUAAGAUGCCAGAAACUGAUUUCCUUAUUAUCCGGACAAGGCAAGGUUACUAUAUUCGAGAAUUAGUGGAUAUCUUUGUGGUUGGCCAGCAGUGCCCCUUGUUUGAAGUUCCUGGGCCCAACUCCAAAAGGGCCAAUACGCAUAUUCGAGACUUUCUCCAGGUUUUUAUUUACCGCCUCUUCUGGAAGAGUGCAGAUCGGCCACGCCGGAUCCGGAUGGAAGAUAUAAAAAAAGCCUUUCCUUCUCAUUCAGAAAGCAGCAUCCGGAAGAGGCUAAAGCUCUGCGCUGACUUCAAACGCACAGGAAUGGAUUCAAAUUGGUGGGUGCUGAAGUCUGAUUUCCGUUUGCCAACCGAAGAGGAGAUCAGAGCUAUGGUAUCUCCAGAGCAGUGCUGUGCUUAUUAUAGCAUGAUAGCUGCAGAGCAGCGACUGAAGGAUGCUGGCUAUGGCGAGAAGUCCUUUUUUGCUCCAGAAGAAGAAAAUGAGGAAGAUUUCCAGAUGAAGAUUGAUGAUGAGGUUCGCACUGCUCCUUGGAAUACCACAAGGGCCUUCAUCGCUGCCAUGAAGGGCAAGUGUCUCUUGGAGGUGACUGGGGUGGCAGAUCCCACAGGGUGCGGUGAAGGAUUUUCCUAUGUGAAGAUUCCGAACAAACCAACACAGCAGAAGGAUGAUAAGGAGCCUCAGCCAGUCAAGAAGACAGUGACAGGAACAGAUGCAGACCUUCGUCGCCUCUCUCUGAAAAAUGCCAAGCAACUUCUACGUAAAUUUGGUGUGCCUGAGGAAGAGAUUAAAAAGUUGUCCCGCUGGGAAGUGAUCGAUGUGGUACGCACGAUGUCAACAGAACAGGCCCGCUCUGGGGAAGGGCCCAUGAGUAAAUUUGCCCGUGGAUCAAGGUUCUCUGUGGCUGAGCAUCAGGAACGGUACAAAGAGGAAUGUCAGCGCAUCUUUGACCUACAGAACAAGGUUUUGUCAUCAACUGAAGUCUUAUCAACUGACACGGAUAGCAGCUCAGCUGAAGACAGUGACUUUGAAGAAAUGGGAAAGAACAUUGAGAAUAUGUUGCAGAAUAAGAAAACCAGCUCUCAGCUGUCACGCGAACGGGAGGAGCAGGAGCGGAAGGAACUACAGCGGAUGCUACUGGCAGCAGGCUCAGCAGCAGCAGGAAACAAUCACAGAGAUGAUGACACAGCUUCUGUGACUAGCCUUAACUCUUCUGCCACUGGCCGUUGUCUCAAGAUUUAUCGUACUUUUCGAGACGAAGAGGGGAAAGAGUAUGUUCGCUGUGAAACAGUCCGAAAGCCAUCUGUCAUAGAUGCCUAUGUGCGCAUACGGACCACAAAAGAUGAAGAGUUCAUUCGAAAAUUUGCGCUUUUUGAUGAACAGCAUCGAGAAGAGAUGCGAAAGGAACGGCGGCGGAUUCAAGAGCAGCUGAGGCGGCUUAAGCGGAACCAGGAAAAGGAAAAACUUAAGGGUCCUCCUGAGAAAAAGCCAAAAAAACUGAAGGAGCGUCCUGACCUAAAACUGAAGUGUGGGGCUUGUGGUGCCAUUGGGCACAUGAGGACAAACAAAUUCUGCCCCCUCUACUAUCAAACAAAUGCACCGCCUUCUAACCCCGUUGCCAUGACAGAGGAGCAGGAGGAGGAGUUGGAAAAGACAGUCAUUCAUAACGAUAAUGAAGAACUCAUCAAGGUUGAAGGGACCAAGAUUGUCUUGGGGAAACAGCUAAUUGAGAGUGCAGAUGAGGUUCGCAGAAAAUCUCUGGUUCUCAAGUUCCCGAAACAGCAACUCCCUCCCAAGAAGAAACGGCGAGUUGGAACCACUGUUCACUGUGACUAUUUGAAUAGACCUCAUAAAUCCAUCCACCGGCGCCGGACAGACCCCAUGGUGACAUUGUCAUCCAUCUUAGAGUCUAUCAUCAAUGACAUGAGAGAUCUUCCAAAUACAUACCCUUUCCACACUCCAGUCAACGGAAAGGUCGUAAAGGACUACUACAAAAUCAUUACUCGGCCAAUGGACUUACAGACACUCCGUGAAAAUGUGCGUAAACGCCUCUACCCAUCUCGGGAAGAGUUCAGAGAGCAUUUGGAACUCAUUGUGAAAAACAGUGCAACCUACAAUGGGCCAAAGCACUCACUGACCCAGAUCUCUCAGUCCAUGCUGGAUCUCUGUGAUGAAAAACUCAAAGAGAAAGAAGACAAAUUGGCUCGUUUGGAGAAAGCUAUCAAUCCUUUGUUGGAUGAUGAUGACCAAGUAGCAUUUUCUUUCAUCCUGGACAAUAUUGUCACACAGAAAAUGAUGGCAGUUCCAGAUUCUUGGCCAUUUCAUCACCCAGUUAAUAAGAAGUUUGUUCCAGAUUAUUACAAAGUGAUUGUCAAUCCAAUGGAUUUAGAGACUAUACGUAAGAAUAUCUCCAAGCACAAGUAUCAGAGUCGAGAGAGCUUUCUAGACGACGUCAACCUUAUCUUGGCCAACAGCGUUAAGUACAAUGGGCCUGAAAGUCAGUAUACUAAGACUGCGCAGGAGAUCGUGAACGUCUGUUACCAGACACUGACUGAGUAUGAUGAGCAUUUGACUCAGCUUGAGAAGGAUAUUUGUACAGCGAAGGAAGCGGCUUUGGAGGAAGCAGAAUUAGAAAGCUUGGACCCGAUGACCCCAGGGCCUUACACGCCUCAGCCUCCUGAUUUGUAUGACACCACCACAUCCCUCAGUAUGUCUCGAGAUGCCUCUGUAUUUCAAGAUGAGAGCAAUAUGUCUGUCCUGGAUAUUCCCACCACCACUCCAGAAAAGCAGGAGACACAGAUGCGCCAGGGCCGAGGUAGGCUGGGCGAGGAAGACUCUGAUGUAGAUAUUGAAGGGUAUGAGAAUGAUGAGGAGAAAGAUGGGAAACCUAAGACUCCAGCCCCAGAAGGUGAAGAUGCAGAUGGCGAUCUUGCAGAUGAAGAGGAAGGAACUGUACAACAGCCUCAAGCCAGUGUUCUGUAUGAAGAUUUGCUUAUGUCUGAAGGAGAAGAUGAUGAGGAAGAUGCUGGGAGUGAUGAAGAAGGAGAUAAUCCUUUCUCUGCUAUCCAGCUGAGUGAAAGUGGAAGUGACUCUGAUGUGGAACCUGGUGGGAUAAGGCCCAAACAGCCGCAUGCUUCAGGAAAACACGAGGAUGGGCAUAGAGAAUGAAGAAAGCAUGAUGUCCUAUGAGGGAGACGGUGGGGAGGCUUCUCAUGGUUUGGAGGAUAGCAACAUCAGGUAAUCGACAGCAGCACGCUGCAGGGCUGCGGCAUCGGUGCCCAGCUAUGAUGUCAGAGGGCCCAGCGUCAGAUUACGUUCAUCCAUCAAACAUUUCCUGAGUGCCUACAAGGGCCGGGCCCUGUGCUAGGCCCUUGGGGAUACACAGAGGAGCAAGACAUCCUGCCUUUGAGGAGUUCACAGUCUAGUGGAAGAGACUGAUACAAACAAAAUGAUUACAAAUACAGUGUGAUAAGUGGUGUAGCCUAAGUUAAGUACAAAGUGCCAAGUCAUCACCGAGGAGAGAGUGUCUCGCCCUGCUUGGCAGUAAUUGAGGAGUUUCCCAGACGAGGGAACAUUGGAACUGGGUUUUUCAAGAUGAAUAAGAGUCUACUAAAUAAAUAAGUGGCAACAGGUGAGGAGAUUCUUAGGGAUGAAACAAUAUGUUCAGGCGCACAGAAAUGUUACAUGUAUGUUUCAGAGGGAAGGGAGAGUAUUGGGAGCUGUGGCUCCAAAAAUAGCAACGUUUUAUGUUGCAGAAGACCUUAAAUGACGCGCUAAGACAUUUAACUUUGGGGUAAUAGGAAUCAGUAUCUAAGGAAAAGGAAGUUAACCUCAAAUUUGUGUGUUAAAUAACUCUAGGGCAACAAUAAGGAUCUCAACUAGUAUCUGCUAGAGCGGGGGGGAAGGGACGUGUUCAAGACCUAGUUAGCAGGUAGAUCGAUAGGAUUUAGGGGGUAAGGAGAUCAAGUAUAUAAUGAAAAGGAAUGCCACUGAGAUAGGAAAGAUGAAGAACAGGUAUUACAUGGAAUAGGAGGAAAGGAGGAAAAAAGUAAAUCUGUGUUUGGACAUGUUGGAUUUAAGGUGCAUACAUAUCCAGCCAGAGGUAACCAGGAAGCAGGUAUAGUCUGUUAUUCAUUCAGCAGAUAUUUAUCAUGGGUACAAAAGAUACUACAAUGUAGUCCCUUCCUCCAAGAAGUUCAAUCUGAUAGGAAACCUAAAACAGGUCAACAGACGACUGGUCACUGUGUAACAUGAAAAGUGCUGUAAUAGGCAAUCAUGGGAUUUUUCUGGGACUUGGGUGGGAGUGGGGUAGGGGACCUGGUUACAGAAGGAAACUGAGCUAAAUGAGAAAUCAGAAAUUUUGAAAAUGUGCAUCUCCUCUGGCUCCCAAAUGUCAUGUCUAGGGAAUUCUAUGGGAAUAAUAAUACUUGUAUUAGGAUGUUUGUACAAGGAUGUUUGUCACAACGCUGUUUCCGAUAGUGGGAAAAUUGGAGGCAGCUUAAAUGUCUUAGUGAGACUGUUAAAUAAAUCAUGUCGCAGCCAUUCAAUGGAAUACCGUGCAGCUAUGAAAAUGAUGCUAUUGGUGUAUGUGCAUAAAGAUGUUCAUUAUAAAUCAUUCAUGAAAAAAGCAGAUUCCUAAAGAGUUAUGUAGAGUAUUCUAAUUUUGUAAAUAAAAAAUGUUUAAGCGUCUAAGUGAAGUGCAUAGGAAAAAAAUUGGAAGGUCAUAUACCAAACGAUUAUCUCUGGGUAGUGGAGUUAUUGGUGAUUUUUCUGUUUUUCUGAUUGUAUAUUCUACUUUUUUAAACCAGUGAAUGUGCAUUGCUUGGUGUGAUGUUUUUAAGUAAAAUCCAGAAUAAACAAACAAACAAAAGAUAAAGCACACUCUGGCAGAAGUGUGGAGAAUUCCUUGGAGGAGAGCAGGCAGGACUGGAGGCAUGAGGACUGAGUUCAGGGGCGCAGGCCAGACGCAGCAGAGGACUAACUCAAGGCGUGCAGAGCAGGGCUGGAGAGGAGGGGACAGAGACAGGAUGUGUGGAAGAGGUAGACUCUCUAGGACUGUAGACUAAUUGGGCAAGUAGAUGACUGAAGCUGGAAGCGGCAGGCGAAACUCGGAGGCUAUCAGAGUGCUGGUGGUCGCAUAAGCUGGCAGUGUGUUGUUCAGAUACAGGGGAGUUUCUUUCCGAUUCCCGUGCAUACCCAGUUGGCAAGUUGACGUUUUGGAACCAGGAUCGUUUCUCUCUCAGGGACCCGUAGAACAGUUCAGAACCAGCCAGUUUAGUGUGCAGGGGAGGCGAGAUGGGCUGAUCCCUUGGUGGCACCAAGAAUGGGACUGGUCAGCUAGAGGAUGGUGCCCGAGCAUGAGAGAUGACAUGUUUCUCUUCUUAGUUGUGGGAGCUAUGAGGAGCCUGAUCCCAAGUCGAACACCCAAGACACGAGCUUCAGCAGCAUCGGUGGGUAUGAGGUAUCAGAGGAGGAAGAAGAGGAGGAAGAGCAGCGCUCUGGGCCGAGUGUACUAAGCCAGGUCCACCUGUCAGAGGCCGAGGAGGACAGUGAGGAUUUCCACUCCAUUGCUGGGGACAGUGACUUGGACUCUGAUGAAUGAGGCUUCCUUUGGGCCUCCUUGGUCAGCCUUCCUUGUUCUCCAGCCUAGGUGAUUCGAUUUUUUUAUAUUAAUAUCUGUGCAGUGUCUGAUCCUGAAAUCACCAGAUUCACUAACACCUUAGCCUUUAAAAAAUAGUGAGUAAAUGAUGACGAAUGAAUCGCCUAUCCCGAUCUCCCUGAGUCAGUGUCACCCUGUAUAUUCAAAUCAAGCAAUCCCUUUCCUCCCACCUCUGAUAAAAAUAGUGCAAUCUCCUUCUCCAGUGCCCACCUUUAACUUCACUGCCUGCUCUUGGUAUCAUGUUUCCCCUGGGGAAGGUGGAGAAAUUAUGAACAGACUAAUAACUUUAUGUCCUCUUGUUGUAUCAGAAGUUUUCCAAGCGUGGUAUCAUCUCAGUUUGCUGGCAGGCCGGAACAGGUGACAGCCCCCCCGCUGCGACAGGGACUUGGGUUCAUUCCGGUGGGCUCUGUGCCACACUGAACACGUAAACCCAUUGGACACAUUGCCCAUUCUUUUAUUACUUAUUUGAUUUUGCAGUGCCUCGUUCCCAAAUGGGUUUGAGGCAAAUGAUUAUAAAUCUUUGAAACAGCCUGUGUGUCAGAACUGAUAAUGUUGCCACGUAAAUGUGUUCUGUCCCCCACCCCCAGGGGAAAUGAUAAGAAAAUGGUAAGUUCCUUAGGGCAAAGGCUGUGUCUUCUGUUUCUUUUCAUGCUUAGGAUAUGGUUCUGUGCAUACCAGUUACUCAAUACAUGUCCCGAGAAUUACCAGAUUCUCAACAGAUUUGUUGUUGAACAGCUGCUUCGUCAUAAGCACUCUAUCAGAUCCUUGGGCUGCAAAGCUAAAUAAGACACACUCCUUUCACCCAAAGAGCUCACCAGCAAGCUGGGGGAGGGGGAGUACACUUCAAAACAUACUAAUAAAGCAUUACAGUUCUGUGAGAUGAGUGCAAUGAAAGAGCUAGAUAUAAAGUAUAGGGGAAACAGAGGAGUGAUCAUGUCUGAAGGAGUCAGGGAAUCUUCCUGGACGUAAUUCUGAAGCUGAUUGUUGAAGAAUUAGUAGGAGCUUGCCAGAUGGGAAACUCCAGGCAGGGCGUAACAUGAAGGGGAAAAAGCAGAAGUGUAGAAAUGGCCGAGUGUGUUACUAUGUUUGUUUGUUUGUUUGUUUGUUUGUACCUGCCUUGUUCC